GAGAAGUGCCAGAAACUAGAAAGAGAAACGACUGUUUCUUCUCUUUCUAGUUUCGAAGGUUUGUUAGAUUUUGAAUUUAGAAGACCAGCACUAUGCUAAAAGGUGCACACAUUAGGCUUAAUGGAUGGCAGCAAGCAGCAGUUGCUCUUGGCUCAGCAUUUGGUGCUUUAUUGGACCCCAAAGGAGCAGAUCUAAUUGCAGCUUUGGGUGAGACAACCGGAAAGCCGGCCUUCCAAAGAGUUCUUGAAAGGAUGAAGAAGAACCCUCAGGGCAGAGCAAUACUCUUUGAGCGCCCACAUGUAAUAUCCACAAACGUGGGACAUGCAUGGGACCUACCAGAAAACACAUUUGGGGCAGCCUAUGCAAGUUUCAUGGGAUCCAGGAACUUUUCCCCAGAUGAACGGCCACCUGUAAGGUUCAUCGACACAGACGAGCUGGCUUAUGUGGCCACGCGAGCCCGCCAGGUUCAUGAUUUCUGGCAUGUACUAUUUGGUCUUCCCACCAACUUAAUUGGUGAAUCAGCACUAAAGGUGAUUGAGUUUGAGCAGAUGCUUCUUCCUAUGUGCCUGCUAUCGGUCAUAGGAGGCACUGCGAGGUUCAACGACAAGCAGAGGGGAUUGUUCUACCAGCACUACUUCCCUUGGGCCAUGUGGGCUGGUCUGCAGUGUACAGAUCUGAUGUGUGUAUACUACGAGCGGCACUUCGAUGAGGAUUUGGAGGAUGUCCGGAGAAAAUGGGGGAUAAUUCCCGCUCCUGCUGCUCGACAAAUGGGGGAUGGGUGAUUUCCAGUUUGUUUUGCCUAGUUAGAGUCAUAAUGCCCAGAAUUGACAAUUUCUUGUGUAAAUUGUCUGUGUAGUACGGAUUUCAACUUGUAAAUCUAUCCUGUCUAACUAAGUCAUUAGAUAUGUAAAUUGUCACUAGGUAUGAAAUCUAUGGAGUAUUCAGAACAAUCUGGAAAAACUCCAAUAGACCUUGUAGAAUAUUGAAGAGGUGUAUCUGAUUGAUGAAUAAAUAUGUUGGUU